AUGCUCGAAUCCACUACGCCGUCGUCCAGCGGCAGCCAGCAAGAUGAAGAGAAGACCAUAGAGGCUCCCAUCUCUGAGAGCCCUGUCAUGGACUCACCUCUCCCACCAGAGGGUGGCCUUCGAGGUUGGCUAUGCUGUGCUGGUGGCUCCCUCGUCCCUCCAACCUCAAGCUUUAUGCCCGAGUCUUAUGCUGACCUAAAUAGCAUUGGUAUAUUCCAAAGCACCUAUCAAGAGACCCUCUUGAAGGACUACACCUCUUCAGACAUCUCAUGGAUCUUUACUAUCCAGCUUGCUCUUAUCUGGGCUCCUGGUUCCCUAUUCGGUCGCAUAGUAGAUACCUAUGGACCGCGCCCGGUCAUGCUUCCGUGUACCGUGCUUUGCCUCUUUUCACUGUGCAUGACGAGUCUUGCCACUGAAUACUAUCAGAUUAUCUUGGCGCAAGGAAUCGGGUUUGGACUUGGAGCUGGAGGUAUUUUCACCACCAGCUUGGUCUGCGUGGGCCAGUGGUUCGUCAAGCAGCGAGGUCUUGCUAUGGGAAUUACUGUUGCGGGUAGUAGUAUUGGGGGUGUUAUAUUCCCAUUCUUCCUUCGACUUGUUAUGGAAGAUGUGGGAUUCAAUGGCAUGGUACGCUACACGGCAUUGUUCAUAGGCAUUGCUUUGGUCGGCGCCUUCUUUCUUAUCAGCGCGCGCCUGCCCCCAAAGAAAUGGGACUCAAAUGUGGCGUGGUUUGACUUUAAGCUGUUCAAAAACCGAGGCUUUGCUUUCUAUUGUCUUGGCUCCUAUUUUGUGAUGUGGGGAUUAUGGGCUCCGUUCGAUUAUCUUCCCAGCAUGGCCCAAAUGUCAGGAAUGUCGGAUUCUCUGUCCCUGUACCUGAUUGCUAUUGUGAAUGCUGCUUCACUAUUCGGAAGAAUUAUCCCGGGGCACAUUGGCGACAAGGUGGGAUAUUUCAAUGUCAUAACGGGGUCCGCCUUCUUCAGCUGUGUGGCGAUCCUCUGUUUAUGGCUGCCUUUUGAUUACCAUUCUUCGAAUGCCGGUCUCAUCGUCUUUGCUGCUACUUAUGGCUUCUUCAGUGGCGCGUUCGUCAGUAUCAUGAUCCCAUGUUGCGGAAAGUCAGGCACUCUUGAGACUUUGGGAAGACAGAUUGGUACAUAUCAGGGUGUGAUAGCUGUCUCCACUCUUACUGGCCUGCCGAUCAUGGGAGCCAUCUUGGGAAGGCAGCAUGAUUCAACUUACAUGGGCAUGCAAGUAUUUGCCAUUGUGACCAUGUUCCUUGGCGCCCUGUUCCUCCUGUUCUCUCGCAAUGUUCUGGCUGCGGCUCACGGAACAUGGAGAUACUGA